AUGCAGGAAAAUCAGACAAUGGUCACAGAGUUCAUCCUACUGGGGUUUGAUCUUGGCCCAAGGAUACGUAUAGUCCUUUUUGGACUUUUCUCUCUCUUUUAUGCCUUCACCCUGUUGGGCAACGGGGUCAUUCUGGGGCUCAUCUGGCUGGAACCCAGACUGCACACCCCCAUGUACUUCUUCCUUUUCCACUUGGCCAUCGUUGACAUUGCCUAUGCCUGCAACACGGUGCCCCAGAUGCUGGUGAACCUCCUGGACCCAGCCAAGCCCAUUUCCUUUGCUGGCUGCAUGACACAGACUUUUCUCUUUUUGGCUUUUGCACACACAGAAUGUCUCCUCCUGGUGGUGAUGUCCUAUGAUCGGUUUGUGGCCAUCUGCCACCCUCUCCGCUAUUCUGCCAUAAUGGGCUGCAGUGUCUGCAUCAUCCUACUGAUCUCUUCUUGGACUUGUGGCUCUCUCCUGGCCCUGGUCCAUAUGAGCCUCAUCCUGAAGCUGCCCUUCUGUGGACCUCAUGAAAUUAACCACUUCUUCUGUGAAAUCCUGUCAGUCCUCAAGCUGACCUGUGGUGAUACCAGGCUAAACCUUUUUGUCAUCUUUAUAGCUUCUGUGUUUGUCUUAGUGGGGCCACUCUUCUUGGUUCUGGUCUCCUACUCACUCAUCCUGGUGGCCAUCCUUAGAAUCCAGUCAGGAGAGGGCCGCAGAAAGGCCUUUUCUACCUGCUCCUCCCACCUCAGUGUGGUGGGGCUCUUCUUUGGCAGUGCCAUUGUCAUGUACAUGGCCCCCAAAUCCCACCAUCCUGAGGAGCAGCAGAAGAUUCUUUUCCUGUUUUACAGUUUUUUCAAUCCUACUCUGAACCCCCUGAUCUAUAGCCUGAGGAAUGCAGAGGUCAAGGGUGCCCUGAGGAGGGCGCUGUACAUCGAAAUUCAUUCUCAGUUGGAGUGA